UGUUUGAACUGUGCAACACUGGAACGAAAUCAAACAAAAGGUUCUGAAUCUAUGCUGCUUUUAAAUGGAAACGUAGUUGAAGAGAGCGGUGAUAGCUGGUCUGGAAAUCAGAGCCAUGAAGUAGGAUGAUUUGGGCUGCCACGCAGCUGGGUGCGCCUUCAACUGGGUCCCAACUCCCUCAGCAAAACUGACUCUAGGAAAUUAUAUGGGACCAGCAAGAUGAACAAAAACAAACUGAUUCAUGAUUUCCUUGAAGUGGUUUCAAGGGGUGAUGUGGAAUCCAUUUGCGACCAUAUUCCUGAAGUCCACUCAGUCCUUGGAAGCCUUGACUUUCAGCACCCACAGACCGGAAACACGCCUCUUAUUACAGCUGCGGAAGAAAAUCUAGCCGAGGUUGUUGAGAUUCUUCUGGAAAGGGGCGCAGAUAUCACCCUUUGCAAUUACAGCAAUCAAACUGCACUCCAUGUGGCUAAUGGUGACAUCCAGAGACAGCUCUUGGCAGGCAAGGGAAUUCAGGCUCCCCAAAUGCAGCUCCUACGAAGCUCGUGGCAAGGUGAUCUGGAACAACUUCAACGCUUGCUGGCAUGUGAAGAGUUCCUGGAUAUAAAUUUCCCCAACUCGCACGGUCUGACUCCUCUGAUGCUGGCUGUGAGAGAUGUGGACCUAUUUGAAAGUCUGGAUGUGUUGAAAGUCUACAGACCUGAUGAAGUUUUAGCCGAGCUCCUCCGGCACCGCGCAGAUCCUAAGCUUUGUGAUUUCAGUGGCAAGUCAGCAAUACAUUAUGUGUCACAAAUUGAGAGCUGGAGGAAGCAGCAGUUACUGGACAUCCUGAUGAGUUCUAUGCCCAAACCAGAGAGACAUGCCGAGUCACUGCUUGACAUCUGUCAGGAGGCAGGCUCUGCUCCAAUGGAUGUGGCAGGUUCUAAAACUGAGAACAUUACCUUGCAGAGCAUCAGCAGCAGUGAGGACUUUGACCUUGAAGAUGACUUCAGUCCGUCCAUAUUGGCUGGGGAAGGAGCAGCUCCCAGGGGUGAAGUCUGGUCAGGAAGGACAGAAGGUGUUGAGAUUAUUGUGACGUUUCCACCAGAUCCUCCCCAAGAAGCAAGCCAAGAUCUGAAAGAAAGCAAGCACCCCCUCCUCAGACCCGGCCAAGCGCUACAGACCCGACUUGGACCACAGAGAGACCGUCUGAGAUCUGAGCUAUACCAGCAGAUGGGUUUUUGCCAUCUCUCUCCUUUUAGUCAGGUGACUUCAGAGCACCAGGAGCGGGGACAAGUACAUCCUGUCUCUCCACCAAAUGAAGUGGAGAUUGCAGACCUCGCGGCAAGGAUGCACGGAAGUUCUCAGGCGCUCUGUGGUGUUGCGGCUCUCUCACCACCCAGGACCUGCUUAGAUCAGAGCAAGGCUACAGCUGCAGCCAGGGAGGAGGCUCCGCCCCUUCCGAGAGAGCUGCGAAGGAAGUCCGAUGAGUUCCCUGCCUCUGACGUGAGACACAGUAGCCGAAGAACAGAGCUUCCUCUGCCACCACUAUCACUGUUGCCCAUGAGAUCUUGCAUCUUCGAUGUGGAAAAAAGCCCCAGGUUCCACAGGCACAGGGAGAGAAAGGUCCCCAGCCUCAGCCUGUCUGUGCCUAAGCUCCUGGAUCCUUUUAGCCGACCUCUUAGCCAAUCUGCUGAGUUUAGUUCAUCAAAGAACCAUCAAGAAGUCUCGUGGGAAGGACCGGCAGAACACACCCUUGGGGGUUCUGACUGUGCCAUUUGGUCUAGAAACAUGUGCUCUUUCCGGAAGAGCGGAAAACAGGGGACAGUAACAGAGAGUUGGCCAUCCCAGGAAAUGGAAGGGUGGGACAAAACUGAAACCUCCGGCUUUGAAGAAGGGUCGCCUUUGUUCUCCUGUGAGAGCGCCAAGGAAGACACUGCUCCUACAGAGAGGGAAAGGGAUAGUGGGCGCCGUGUUAGUGAAAUGAGAAGAGAGGGAGAGGACUCCCAAUAUCUUUCAUCAAGAAAAAAAGAGAGUUCGACAGCCAGAGCGGUCGAGCAAGAUUCGGGGGUCGAGCAAGAUUCAGGGGACGAGCAACCCAUUCUCGGCAAGCUCCCGGAAGCCUCGAAUUCAGAAAUAACCCCAGCUGAGGAGAAAGAGAUCGGAAAUGAGACAGUUCCUGAUUCCAAAAGCAGUUCUGUACACAAGGCUGGAGCAACGGAGCCACAUGCAGUGUUAGAAGAGGCUAGUGUCCCUAAGAACGUGCCCAGUGUGAACGGCCCCAUGGAAGAGCUCCUGGAAGGUCAAGGAGUCACAGAACAGCAUGGAAACAUACCAAUAGAGGAAGAAACAAAUCCAGAAGCGAACGGGGCGGUGCCUCUUAUUCACAUCACAUUCCCUGGAGAAGGGACAUCCAAGGGACCUGCUAGAGCCAAACCAGACCUCCAAAGGAGAAAGCACCCAGUGCGGACCAGCAAUAGCUUUAACAUGCUUCCUCAACAAGAACAGGACAAACCCCAGACAAAUACUCAUAGAACCAAGUUGGAUUCAAGGACCAAGGCCAGGAACAGACCACCUCCCAAUCUCGUGGUUUCCAUCCAAGCGGCCAUUAAACCCAAUAUGCAGAAAAACAGCAUAAAAACUCAAGUUUUCCCUGCUUUGGAACUGAUGGACCACAGACCUCAUCCGCCAUCCAAGUUUCAAAGGAGAGCGCCUCUGACAGAAAAGAAGUCACUGCAUCAGACCCAGAAACCUAAAAAACAAGCAUUCCCUCGAAUCUGUAAGAAUGCAGGCAUAAAAAAGCCCGGUGUUGCCCUCUCUGCUGAAACCGCAGAUCAGAGACUGCACUUCCUGGACUUGAAGUACAGUGACAUGUUCAAAGAAAUCAAUUCGGCCUCCAAUGGACCAGGCAUCUAUGAGAUGUUUGGAACCCCUGUUUAUAGUCACAUUCGAGAGGCAGAAAGGCAUGAGCACAGAUGUCACCGUGAGAUAUGUACAGCUCCAUCAGGCCGAUGUGUCGGUAAUAAGUGUCGGUCUUCCCAAGGUGACAGAGGCACCAAUAGCAGGGCAAGACUUCUUCAGAAGAGACCACACGUUAAACCCCCAAAGCCUUCACUUGGACUCAAGCAAAAGCACAGAGGGUUAAUUUCCAAAGAUAAGGGUUGCAAGGGUAUGGGGGGCCACACAGAGGAUGGUGUUUCAGAGCCAGAUUGGCAGAUGAAAUCUUCAGGAAAUGACCUCCUGUUUUCCAAAGAUGAAGCUCAACUCACACACUCAAUCCCGAUCCCUGAGCUGUCCCCUGAGCAGACACAAACCCUUCCUGUCUCAGAUCUAUCCAUUGUUGAGGAGAUCUUCACAGAGCAGUGCACAGAUGAAAAAGGCGUCCUCAACAGCGACAGCUUUGCCCAAAGCCUUGGAGAUCUGAAAUUUCUCCAAGAGCUGUACCCCCAGACCCCGCUCGUUCCUUCAGAAAACAGCUGGGCUGUGCUCAGCGAGAAGCGUUCAGGCAAGCACGUGUUACCAGAAAAGCACAACGCAGAACCUCUUGACAAAAUAAAUGCUGACCAGAUGUUCACGGAUUACCUGGAGUUCGAUAGCCUUUCAGAUAAGUCUAAACCACUGGUGAGCUUUUCCAGUUUCUCUUUCCAGGCGAACCCAGAGAGUGCACCUUUCCCUACAGAACAACACUGGGCACGUUCUUUGGAUCAGGAUAGCUUGGAAAAUAACUCCACCACAUACCAAACAUUUGGAAAGAUUUCCCAGGAAAUCUUAGACCCAGGAAAGGAUGAAGAAUUGACAGACAAGUUGCUAGGUUGUCUAGUUGAAGAACUGUUAGCACUUGAUGAGAAAGAUAACGGCUCUUGCCAAAUAAUGGCGAAUGAGGCAGAUGCCAAAAACCUGAAUUUUGUCUUCAGUAGGAGAGGUAAUACCAUCGAAGAACUGGACAGAGAGACGACAGAUGUCAAACUACAGAGGUGUAUUAAUGGAUUCCAGAUAUUUGAUGAGGAAAAUUUUCUUAGCUCAAAUGAAAAGAAGACACUUUCUGACAAGAGUUUAACACAGGAAGAGGCUAUAUUCUGGACCAAGGGUGAGAUCCUUGGGAGAGGAGCCUAUGGCACAGUGUAUUGUGGGCUCACCAGCCUGGGGCAGCUCAUAGCGGUAAAGCAGGUGGCCUUGGAUACCUCUGAUAAACUGGCGACUGAGAAAGAAUACCGGAAACUGCAGGAGGAAGUGGAUUUGCUGAAGGCGCUGAAGCACGUAAACAUAGUGGCCUAUCUAGGGACGUGCCUGGAGGAGAACACUCUGAGCAUCUUCAUGGAAUUUGUCCCCGGUGGUUCCAUCGCUAGCAUAAUAAACCGCUUUGGGCCACUGCCUGAGAUGGUGUUCUGUAAGUACACGAGACAGAUCCUGCAGGGCGUUGCCUAUCUCCAUGAGAACUGUGUGGUACAUCGCGAUAUCAAAGGAAACAACGUCAUGCUCAUGCCAACCGGGGUGAUAAAGCUGAUUGACUUUGGCUGUGCCAAGCGUUUGGCCUGGGCAGGCUUCAGUGGCACCCACAGCGACAUGCUCAAGUCUGUGCGUGGGACUCCGUACUGGAUGGCCCCAGAGGUCAUCAACGAGUCGGGCUACGGAAGGAAAUCGGAUAUAUGGAGCAUUGGCUGCACCGUGUUCGAGAUGGCCACGGGGAAGCCCCCUCUGGCUUCCAUGGAUAGGAUGGCUGCCAUGUUUUACAUCGGAGCCCACAGGGGCCUCAUGCCUCCUCUACCUGACCGGUUCUCAGAACCUGCUGCGGACUUUGUGCGUUUGUGCCUGACCAGGGACCAGCAUGAGAGACCGUCUGCUCUCCAGCUCCUGAAGCACUCCUUCCUAAAGAGAAGCCAGUGAGUGCACACCAACUUCCCACUGGAAACCCCCAGGCCCCUGCUUUGCUAUGGGAAAUGAUGGUUAAGGGACUUGUUUUCCUGGUCUAAACCCAACCUAGCCCUUAACCAGAUCCUGCAGCAUUAUUGGAGAAUUUUAGUUACAUACUGACCUUAAAUUUCAGGCAUACCUUGCCUAUAUGCAUGAGAAGAACAAUUUCAGAAGACUAAGAAACCUACCAAAAACCCCAUUCCAGUGUUACAAUUUUGAUUGCUCAAAAACUAUCCCUACUGCUUCAUAUACUUCUUUUUGUUCUUUUGAGACAGGAUCUUACUACAUAGCCCUGGCUGUCCUGGAACUCGCUAUGUAGACCAGGUUAGCCUUGAACUCAGAGAUCUGCCUGCCUCUACCUCGGAGAGCUGAAAUUAAAGGCAUGAGCCACCAUACCCAGCUUAGCUCCUUUUAGUUAAACCUAAUAAACUGCACACAUUUUGCCUGGUAA